AUGAGUAGUCCGCGCAGAAGAAUCGAGACUGAUGUCAUGAAGCUCAUGAGCGAUUAUGAAGUGACCUUGGUCAACGAUAAUAGUAAGCUGACUCGGCAGGAGUUCUUCGUCCGAUUCAAGGGCCCCGCCGAGACACCGUUCGAGGGCGGCUUUUGGAAGAUUCACGUGGAGCUGCCUGAUAACUAUCCAUACAAAUCUCCAAGCAUUGGAUUUGUUAACAGAAUUUUCCACCCGAACAUUGACGAAUUGUCUGGCUCCGUGUGUCUGGAUGUCAUUAACCAAACUUGGUCACCGAUGUACGACAUGAUCAACAUCUUCGAGUCCUUUUUACCCCAGCUGUUACGAUACCCGAACCCCACAGAUCCCCUCAACGGAGAGGCCGCUGCGCUCCUCAUCCGGGAGCCCAAGAGCUAUGAUGCCAAAGUAAAGGAAUACGUACAAAAGUAUGCCAAAGAAGACCAUGCGGACGAAGCCGGCGGCGAAAGCGAGAAUGACGAUGACCUUUCCUCUGUUGCAAGUUUUGGCGACGAAGAUGACGAACCUGCAGGUCCUAUGGACGACUUGUAA